AUGAGCGAUCGGCUUACCGGGAAGGUGAAGUGGUUUAAUGAUCAGAAGGGCUACGGGUUCAUCACCCCCGACGACGGCACCGAGGAUCUGUUCGUUCACCAGACCUCCAUUCGAGCUGAGGGAUUCCGAAGCCUCGGCGAGAAUGAGGAGGUUGAGUACCAGAUCGAGGACUCCAACGACGGCCGUACCAAGGCGAUCGACGUGACCGGACCCAACGGCGCUCCCGUCCAGGGAGGUCCCAGCGGUGGCAGCGGAGGCGGUGGAAGAGGCGGCGGCGGCGGCGGUCGCGGCUACGGCGGCGGAGGUGGCUACGGCGGCGGAGGAGGCUACGGUGGCGGAGGAGGCUAUGGUGGUGGCGGGUACGGAGGAGGCGGUGGCAGGGGAGGCCGUGGAGGAGGCUACGGUGGUAGCGGAGGUGGAGGCGGUGGCUGCUUCAGCUGCGGCGAGCCUGGGCACAUGGCCAGGGACUGUCCCCGUGGAGGCGGAGGCGGUGGUGGCGGCAGGUACGGAGGAGGUGGUGGUGGCGGAGGCGGCUGCUACAACUGUGGUGGGAGUGGGCAUUUCGCCAGGGAAUGUCCCAACAGCGGCGGCGGCGGGGGGCGCUGA